AUGUUUUGCAAAUGGAAAAACGGUUUCCUUUCUUUUGGUAAAACUGGAAAGUUUUCCUUUAUUCGCUUUUGCCAGUGCCUGCAUCUUCUUGCCUCAGUACAUGUCGUGGAAGCUCUGUGCAUCCGCACUCCGCUUUGGAUCAAGUUGCAGCGAAGUCGCUUCGCAAUUUUGACGUCGCUGCAGCGACGCGGUAGUACUGAGCCUGCUCCUGCAGAACCGCUGGGAUCCCCGGCCAAGCAAGGCUCGGGAUGGUCUGAAGCCUUCGCCCCCAAGCUUGAUGCAUCGCGUGUGGCCACGCUCAAAAAGCGUUUCUUGGAAGCCUUCCCAUCCGAAAUCUUGACGGCUAUGAAUACCCCAUCGCUCCGCCUCUUGAGCACUGCUGUCGACGCCGAGGUUAAGAGGAACUGGUCUUGGAUCCCGUGGAAGAGUCGCAUGACACAACAGAUGUAUGAGGAUUCCCUCAUGCAGAAGCCCGCAAAAAGGGCCAGGAUUGAGACCCUUCAGCUUUCGGACCUCUUGCUUGAUGAACCGCCACAGAUAGAUAUCAAUGAUUCCACCAUGGGGAUUUCGAUGAUCCGUAGGCUGUUGGAGGUGCAUGACAAAGUGCCCUCGCUCUUGCAGGCACCGCGCAUCUUGCGCGCGGACAAACACUUGUGGUCGUGCAUCUUUCAGCUAGUGAUCGAGAAAGAGUGGCAGGUGAACGAUGCGAUCUACGAGUUCACGGAGAUCCGCGGCCUGUUCGAUUCGAUUGCAUUUUGUGCUCACUGCGGGAAGCCCCUUGGCCCCAACAGGUUCGCCGCGCUCACAUCAUUUCCGGUUACCACCGCCCUGCCUGAGCUUUGCAGGGACCUGAAUGCCCUCUUCAGGUUUCUCUUUCCAAACGAGCACUGGAACGCUUUGUGUGUCUCGCGCAAUGGCCUCAGUGCGCUGCAUUCCGAUUCAGCGAACAUUCCUGGCUCACGCAAUUUGUCACUCUCGCUGGGCGCCUUCUCGGGUGGCCAUCUGUGGAUUGAGGACCUCUCCUGCCUCGCGCAAGGCCAGCCGAUAUCAGUUGCAUCUGGCUCGGGCUGGCUGCAUGGCUGUGCUGCUAUCGACACACAUCGCAAAGCCAUCAGCUUCGAUGGCCGCAUUAGACACAUGACACUUCCUUUCUCAGGAGAGCGUUGGGCCCUCACGGCCUUUUCCCUGCCUGACGUGUGUUGUGCCGAACUUGAGUUUCUGGGUUUCCCACUGCCGCCGCUGCAUGCUAUCACUGCCAACUUUCCUGCCGAGCUUUCAGGGGUUUUGCCCUUGGCGGAAUUGUCCGAAGCAGACAUCACUUCAUCGCGCUUUCUAGCAGGGACGCACAUUCAGGAAGAUGUGCCACCCAGUGGGUCAGCAUCCGAUGUGUCCGCAGAUGUCACUUCGCGCUUGCUCCAGGAGGAGUUGGACGCGGGAUACUGCUUUAAGUUUGAGGGCACGCUUGAGGAAGCGAAAAGUAGAUGGCCCGUGGGCCUAGCACUGGGAAAAUUGGGGGUUGUUAGGGCACCGGGGAGGGCCGAACGGCUCGUGUUGGACAACAGCGUAGCUGGGACCAACUCUCAGUGCACAGUGCCGGAACGUCAAUGUUUCCCGAGCAUACACGAUGUUUCGCAUUCUUUCCCGAUUCGCGAGACUUCCGACCGCCAGAUGGCCAUUUGCAUUGAUGUCAAGCAGGCGCACAAGCGCUGCCGCAUCCGCGAUUCCGAGCAGGGCUUGCUCGGCUUCACUUGGCAAAACGAACUGGAAUCCUUUCUGGGCCUUGCCAUGUGGGCCUGCGCACUCUUCCCCACUAUGCGUGCCAUGCUGCACCCUUUCUACAAAGACUUGUGGUCUCCGGCUGCCACUAAUUUCAGCAUUGCUCCGGAAUCGUGGCAUAGCAUCUGUAAUUUUCUUGAUUCUUCACUUAGGUUUAAGGCCUCACCGCCUCACACUGCCAUCCCCGCGGGUGCUAAGCUCCUCUCGGCUCGUCAUGUGCCUUUCGCAACCCUGGCAGACUUGUCCAAAGUCGCCGUGACGCACAAAAGAUUGUGGCUCCGCGUUGAAUGCCUUAGCAGUUCGAGGCGGAAACUCUCGAGUGCCUCCAUCCGCUCGUUGCAGGCCUUCGAGCGUUGGUUGCAACACGUUGCACCACUCGCCAGCAUGCGCCCGUCACAGGUUGCAGACGUUGAAGUCUUUGCCGAUGCAUCGGCGUCCGGCCCAUCUUGCAGUUUGGGGGGUUUUGUUUCUUGUCCGGUUCUAGGCCAGGUUCGGUUCGCGGAAACCUUUUCGGUCCAGGAAUUUGAGGCCGCAGGCAUUCCUUUCGGCAAUGACUUGGCUAAGAAGAUAGCCAGUUGUGAAGCCCUGGCUCAGGCGGGGCUGAUUCAUGCUCUCUCUAGGCUGGCUCCUUGCAGCAGGGUUCCUUUACGCCUUCCGUCCCUCUGCGAUAACUCCGGGGCGGAGGCAGGUCUGAAUAAGAUGUUUUCCACAAAGCAUCCCCUCGGCCUCGUUCUUGAACACAUCGCCCUCCUGGCGGCCAUGCAUCGCAUCUCUAUCGAUGUGUCUCAUGUCCCAGGUGCCAAGAACUGCAAAGCCGAUGCACUUAGCCGGCCGGCUGAGUACCCCACACCUCCAGACUGCCUUCCGUGCCAGCGCAUACGCUUUGGGCUCUCUGCUCUCUGGGAGCCUCGUCCUGCGGUGCAGAUUUUCCCUUCCAGCUUCACCCUGCCUUGGCUUCGCUGA